AUAGCGCCAGAGAAGGAGGGAGCCAGGCAGGAGGGGGAGACCUAAACCCGUCGCUGAGCCACGAAGGCACAUCAGCACUCCGUGGGAUGGACGCUCCUGGGAGCAAAAAAUUCUGAGAGGCAGAGGCAGAAGGAGAGCGCUGGCGUGGGCAGGGCAGAGUUAGGAGAGGAGCAGGUCGCAGCGGAGAAGUAGCUCUUCGGAGGGGAAAAAAAUAGACCUAGGCUGGAGGCGAGCGAGGGCUGCAGAGAGACUUCCCCGAUUCCUCCGGUCCGGCUGAGGCAUUUCAUGGUGAGAUGGAGCGAGCGGCCGCUUUUCCCUUCCUCUGAUGCUGGCUCGGCGCGGCUGGAGCAGGCGGCAGGACCCGGGCGCGUGCCCAGCAGUGAUUGCAAUGGCAGCACUGGUCCCAGCUCUCCAGAGGUGAAACCUGGAGCUGCCCAGUCCCUGUGAGUGCUGCUGCAUGAGUUCCCACGCCCUGCCAGCUCCCACGGCCCCCUGACAUCUGGUGACAGAGCGAGCCAUGGGCAGUGUCCGAGUCAAUCGGUACAGCAUUGUCUCAACCGAAGAGGAUGGGCACAAGGUCUCAGCGCUGGGCAGCAUGAACGGGCACAGCCACAACGGGAAGGGCCACGCUCCCCGCCGGAAGCACCGCAACCGUUUCGUGAAGAAGAACGGCCAGUGCAACGUUUACUUUGCCAACCUGAGCAACAAAUCUCAGCGCUACAUGGCCGACAUCUUCACCACCUGCGUGGACACGCGCUGGCGCUACAUGCUGAUGAUCUUCUCCGCCGCCUUCCUGGUCUCCUGGCUCUUCUUCGGCUUCCUCUUCUGGUGCAUCGCUUUCUUCCACGGAGACCUCAAUGCACCGGCGGUGGCGGGCGGCCCCUCUCUCCUCAAGCCCUGCAUCAUGCACGUGAACAGCUUCCUGGGGGCUUUCCUUUUCUCGGUGGAGACACAGACAACCAUCGGGUACGGUUUCCGCUGCGUGACUGAGGAGUGCCCGCUGGCUAUCAUGGCAGUGGUGGUGCAGUCCAUCGUGGGCUGCGUGAUCGACUCCUUCAUGAUUGGCACUAUCAUGGCCAAGAUGGCACGGCCCAAGAAGCGGGCCCAGACCCUCCUCUUCAGCCACCACGCCGUCAUCUCCGUGAGGGAUGGCAAACUGUGUCUCAUGUGGAGGGUGGGCAACCUGAGGAGGAGUCACAUCGUGGAGGCCCAUGUCCGAGCCCAGCUCAUCAAGCCCUACAUGACAGAGGAAGGGGAAUACCUCCCCCUGGACCAGCGGGACCUAAAUGUGGGCUACGAUGUGGGUCUUGAUCGUAUAUUUUUGGUCUCGCCCAUUAUUAUCGUUCAUGAGAUUGAUGAGGAGAGCCCCCUCUAUGGGAUUGGCAAGGAAGAGCUGGAGACGGAGAAUUUUGAGAUUGUGGUUAUUCUGGAGGGGAUGGUGGAAGCCACAGCCAUGACCACACAGGCACGCAGCUCUUACCUUGCUAGUGAAAUCCUUUGGGGUCAUCGCUUUGAACCCGUUGUGUUUGAGGAGAAGAACCACUACAAAGUGGAUUACUCGCGCUUUCACAAGACGUAUGAGGUGGCUGGCACACCUUGCUGCUCAGCCCGGGAGCUGCAAGAAAGCAAGAUGACCAUCCUACCUUCUCCACCACCUCCCAGUGCCUUCUGCUAUGAGAAUGAGCUGGCACUCGUCAGUCAAGAUGAAGAUGAAGAUGAUGAUGAAAUGGGUGUGGUGUUAGCGGGCAACACCAAGGAGGAGGGAGGUAUCAUCCAGAUGAUGGAUUUUGGAAGCCACCUGGACCUGGAGCGGCUCCAGGCAACUCUGCCUCUAGAUACAAUCUCAUACCGCAGGGAGUCAGCCAUCUGACCCCUCCAGCCUCCCCGUUCCACACCCACUGCCCACAGUCUCCUCUGUUCCGCGCCCAUACACUGGAUAAGCCCCUUCACCACCAAAUUAUGCCUCCCAUGAUUGCCUCUCAGCCCCCAAACACACCAAGGCCUGGAGCUGCUCUGACACACUCCCUUUCUCAUGAGGUCAUACUGCCUGGAAGAGGAGUGAGGAUACACUACUCUUUCUGGGUAUGCAGCUUGGGCUAGAACCCUUUUCCUGCCCAGAGACAGGAGAGCAGCAGGCCUGGUUUCUUGUCUCUGGAGAGGUGACAGGAGUCCCUGCCUUCAGUGGACAGAUUGGGACCCACAGCAAGUGUUUCUGCUGCUGAGGCAACAGCAGACUUUCUGUCCCCUAUCACUAUGGGUAGGGCCCACAGCUGCCAAGGAUCAUCACCGUCACUGGGAGAGGAGUGGCACCCAAACACUGACCAGAUGAGGAUAGGAGGGAGAGUUUGGGACUCCUGGAGGGAGUGGGGAAGGAUCUCAAGGGAGGAGUUUACUUGCAUGUUUGUUGUUUGUUGCACAUGAUUCUGUACAUAAAAGAGAAGGAGAACUGAAAUCGAUAUUCUUCCAUGCAAACACCAAGCUAAGAGACGAGGAUGUUCUACACAGGCUGCUCUGCACUCUCCUUGGCUUUUGGUGUCUGUCACCUCCAGAAGCAGCUCGGCUUCCACGGACUCAGACCCAGUUCUCCCAGUCCUCUUGAGAAACAUGUCCUGCUCCUCUCCUGAGAUACCUGGCAGAGGAGGCAGGGCCCUGUGCUGACCACAGCCAGACUGCUCCCUGGCACAGCACAGCCAGGAUGACAGACAGGUGACCUGACUGGACAGCAGACCCUCCACUUGCUCCUUUUGCCUCCUCCAAUCUUCUCCCUGAUGCCAUCAGCUGUAAAACAGAAUUUGUAACUAUUUAUUUUUAAUAAAGUCUA